AAUUCGUUAAAUGGCUGAACGUGAGCGUCAACCUCCAGUUAUUCAUGUUCAACUUCCAGCUAUCAAUGUCCAUUAUCAGGAAGGAACGAGGUUUGCUGGAGAUAAAGUUGGGCACAAGACGGAUGUUCAGGCUGCAAAGAUUCGACAGGUCGUCGUUCCAACACCAGGUAACUCAGCAGCUACUCAGCCAGAAACACUACAACAUGAUUCGAUUCCAACAAAUGUUUUCACAGAAUCAGAUGAAGAGAAAGUAGAGAACUCACCAAUGCUGUUUACACAAAACACCGAACGUACAUCCUCAUCCUCUGACGUCACACAAUCGCUUGGAAGUAUGAAUUUGAGCGGCGGAAUGAUGGAUUUCAUCGCAUUUGAGAAUUCGCGUCAUCUCAUGCAAAAUAACGAAUUCAUCGAAGCUGCGGAUCAGAUGGAAGAUCUUUCGCCGUCACCAUAUCAACAGCUAAUGAUGUCAGAAUGCUACUUUCAACUCGGAAGAGAAAGAAACGCAUUGAGGUGUGUUGAAGCGUUACAAACAAUGAUGACGUCAUCACCGAAACCUAAAGUCGAUGACGUAAUCAAAUUAGUUGAUUUUUACAUUUCUGAUUCCUCUCAUAUUCGUGCAUUGAUUUUACUCUCUUGUUGUGCUAAGUUGUAUAAGUUCGAUUCGAACACGAAUGAUUCGGUUGAUGGGAUUAGGAAUUGCGCAUUUAAAUGUUACAGCGUGAUCGAGGCUAUGGCUAAGGAAGGCGAUAGAAUGAAAGCGAUUGCAACAGAUGUUGGCUUGGGAAUGAUCACUGAUAUGUUGACAGAGUUGAGAUCAGUAUCAGGAUCUGAUAAGAAUAAUAGAGCGAAUAUGGAAGCGAGAUGCUUGAAUUAUGUUGGUUUGAGUUACGAUGCGGUUGGCAAAUAUAAGAAAGCGAUCGAAUUUUAUAACGAAGGUGGAGGUUUGUUGAAAAAAACGUUUGGUUCAAACGCUGGAAAAUAUUAUGUGUUUGGGAAUCUAUUAAACAACAUUGGCUCAGCGCAUAAAAAUCUCGGUGAUUAUUCCAAGGCUGAAUCGUUUUAUUUGCAAUCUCUGGAUGCGACUGAGAAAGCUGAGAAUUGGCCUAGUGAUAAGAAGAAACAAGCUAGUAUAGAAACGACAACGAAAAACUUGAAAAACACCCGGGAAAUGAUGAAAAAGUGUUGA